CGCCAGUGUCAGUGUCGUGCCGCCGGCCGUCGAGGUAGGACGUGUGUACUGGCUGCGAGCUGAAAGGAGCACACGAAACACGAUCGCUGUAUGAAAAUAAAAAAUACUAUCUUCCUCGUGUGUCGCAUGCGGUAGAUGGUUGGAUGCUUAAUAAGAUUUAGGCUUAUUCGAAACAUUCCUUUAAAAGUUGCUGUGAAUCAUGACAUAGAACCUGAACCCAUGAACCAGUCGCCAUGAUAUUUAAAAUGGGGGGGAAGCCUCCGGGCAAGAGUCCUCCGGAGAAGGAAAAGGAAAAAGAGACUAAGAAAAAAUGGGAGAAAUGCGAGCGCUGCCCAGCGGACCCUUGGACUUACUGUGUCGUGUUAUGGUGUGCGUGUGCGAUGAGCCUCAUAUCUAGUGGGUACAGUCUAUACAAGCAGCAGGGUCUACAGGGGAGGCUGUCCUUGUUGGAGGAGCAGCAUCUAGCUUUACGUAGUGCGGUCCUGGAGCCGCAGCAGCCUCUAGUGGAACGUCUGAGGAGGGAUCUUCACACGAGACCGUUGAGCUCCUGGAGAGCCAGGAGGAGUAUUAGAGACUACGGCACCUGCGUUUGUCCACCAGGUCCUCCCGGGCCCCCCGGCAAGCGUGGCAAGAAGGGCAAGAAAGGUGACCCCGGUGACCCAGGCCCCCCGGGGUUGAUGGGAGCUCCGGGGAAAAAUGGAUUCCCGGGUAGCAAGGGCGAUAGAGGCGAGCGCGGCUUCAUGGGCCCUAUAGGACUGGACGGACCUAAAGGAGAUCCGGGUCGGCCGGGGGACAAGGGACAAAAAGGAGAACAUGGCAGUCCAGGCUUUGAUGUUUUCUCUGCAGUGAAGGGAGUCAAAAGAUCAGUGGACAACUAUAAGAUGAGCCCCUACACGACCGCCGAGAUCAUAGCCGUUAAGGCCCUGCAGGCGACGGGGCACAACAUCUCAGCGCAGUCCGUCAUACAGUUGAAGGGGGAACCUGGAGAGCCGGGACCUCCGGGACCACCCGGACCAACAGGAGCAGAAGGUGUUGCUGGAGCAGAAGGACGCGUGGGUCCUGCGGGGACGCCCGGUCCUCCUGGACCAAUAGGCCCUACUGGGCCUGCAGGAUCUGCUGGACCGAUAGGGCCCCCAGGACCAGCAGGACAUAAGGGAGACAAGGGAGACAAGGGUGAACGUGGUUUCACGACGACACUGAAAGGCGAUGCGUUCCCAACUGGCAUCAUCGAGGGUCCACCAGGUCCCCCCGGGCCUCCCGGUGCGGUAGGCAAGGAAGGUGCGUCAGGACCUCGCGGACCGCCUGGUUCGGACGGCCGACCCGGGGUCGCCGGGGUUCCAGGCCCGCCGGGAAAACCGGGAGAAAUUGGACCAAAGGGUGAAAAGGGCGACUACGGUGACAUGGGGUCCCCGGGCAUGCUCGGAGCUCCGGGACUUCCUGGACCCCCGGGAUACCCAGGCCUUAAGGGGGAGAAAGGAGACAAGGGGGACUCGAAGUACCGGAAGCUGAGACGCAGGCAGAACUUGCAGGGAGACGGGACCGGGUACGAGCUUUAUGGACACGAACUGAUGAUGGGCCCCCCGGGCUCGCCGGGCCCCGCGGGUCCCCCGGGCGUGGCGGGCCCGCCCGGUAUCAAGGGCGACAAGGGCGAGCCCGGAACACGCGGCAAGACUGGUGAGCGCGGAGAGAAAGGUGACCCAGGACCCAUGGGACUCCCGGGCCCAGUAGGUCUCCCGGGGGAGGCGGGCGAGCCGGGCCGGCCGGGCGAUACGGGGCCGAGGGGACCGCCCGGGCUCGACGGGAUGAAGGGAGCGCAGGGCGAGCCGGGCAGCAAGGGUGAGCGAGGAGAUCCUGGACUACCCGGAACAGAUGGAAUUCCAGGACAAGAGGGUCCGAAGGGUGACAAAGGCUAUAAAGGAGAACCCGGACCAGGCGGAAAACGCGGCCGUAAGGGUGACAAAGGUGACCGUGGGGAGCAAGGAGUUCCGGGACUGGACGCACCCUGCCCGCUAGGACCAGACGGACUGCCACUGCCGGGAUGCGGCUGGCGACCCUCGAAGUUGUCGGUGUGGCAGGAAGUGGCGCGGGAGGAGCGGCUGGGAGGAGGAGGUGACGGGACGCGCUCGGAGGACGACGCGGAGGAAGAAGAUGCGGAGCCAGAAGACGAGGGCGGUGACUAUGAAGGGAGAGACGACCUCGAGCCGCCGAGAGACUACGACGACUACACAGACAACGCGCAUCACGACUCGCACAGGGACUGAGCCCGAAGCCAUGUUGGCUUGGCUGAGACGACGGCUGGAGCUGGAAGCGGCGGACAACGACCUGACUCCCUGACGACGACUGCAUUUCAAACUGCUUAUACAUAUCUCAAUGUACCAACAAUACGACCCCUAUAUACAUGAAUAUGUAUGUGAAGAAAACGAAAGUUUAUACAUUGGGCACGGAACAGUUUAUAAAAAUAAACUUAUAAUCAAAAUUGUUUUCAACUGGAGUAUUUCAUAAUAAGUUAUAAUAUCAUAUCUAUUACUGGAAAUGUAACAGGAAAACUUGCAUCAAGUGAUGGCAGCUCCCCCUCCACCCCUGGCCUUGUUCGACGUGUCUGACCGCAACUGUUUAAAAUUUUAUUUUUUUAACUUUUACAACUCUUGAGAAAGAAUAAUAUCUAUUCAGCGAUUAGGUUUUUAAUAUUUAUAUUAUUAUUAUUGUUAUAUCGUAAUUUUAUUGGAAAGCGAUUCUACAAGUCAGAAACUAAAAUAAAGUACUAAUAAUUUUAUAAAUAGUCCCACGGCUGGUCUCACGACUUCAUUCCAUAACUAAAAUGAGUUUUUUCCCUCUAUGACUAUAUUAUAUUCGUGAAUUCAUGAAAAUGAAAUUACUCUAAAACUAUGAAAUGUAUUAUUCAUAAUUAUUUUUAAAUUUGAUUACUAAUUUUAAGUUCUCUGUAGUUACCUAACUCUACACAUCUUGGCGUCAGAUGACCCUAUGAGAUGUAGAUAUUGAGGUUAGUUUGGAAGGCGAACCAUUACAUCGUCACUAAAAGAACUCGUACUAACAUCGGCACAAAGAGAGCUGCGGGUCCUUUUUAUCUUACAUCAUAAAAUACAUCACUACUCAUUGUAUAGCCCUAGUACUCGAUAGGACGGCGCACAAUAUUAUGCAACUUAUCUAUUAAGUAGUCAAAUUGUAAAUAUAUCUAAAAAGUCCAUGUUUUGUAAUUACUUUUUAUAAUUAUUAUUGUAAUCCGUAGAAGCGUACUCAAAUUUAAUUGUGUAAGUUUAGAAUUAUAAUUUGUACAUAAACUUAUGCCGGCCACACACGUUGUUGUACACUUGAGCAAGUCCAUACUUGCGCAAGGUCAAGUAUUUCGGAGAUGACCACAAACGGCUCAAGGAUGCUUGUACAAAUGUCAUUUCAGUGAUACUAGUUCAUUGUGCUUACAUGCAGCGAGCUGCUUGCCGAUACCGAUACCGAUUACAUGGACUAAAGACGUAUUAAUUUUUUUGUCCCUGUCGCGGUACACUUUACAUUUUAUUUCCCAAAGACAUGGCUCAUUCCUCUAUAUAUUUAUAAAUUCUUCCAUUACAGCGCGAACUCGAUGACUCGAAAACAAUACUGAAACUAGCGCGAAUUAUAAAUUUCCACCGCACACGUUUAUAUAAACUUGGCCAAGGGCAAUAUUAUGCAAGUUGGGAAUUGAAAUUUGGAACUUUUUAAGAGCUUGUGCAAGAUGGAAAUUUGCGCUAUUUUGGUCCAAUAUGUGUUACAGUAUACUUGUACAAGUCCUGACUCGCACAAGGAUAACACAUGUAACGUAUGUGGCCGGCAUUAUACUUUAAACUGCUCAUAUCACAUCCUAUGUCUUGUGAGAACACUGAAACACGUCUAUCGCAUUUCUUAUUAAAUCUUAUGUGAACAUAAUGAGCAUGUCUUUGUGGCGUCAUUUAUUACAGAUUUCCUACUGCCACUGAAAAUAAAUUAUGACAUCGACUUGUAGACCUUCAGAUUUUCAUUUGUAAUAGCUCAUAUAGAAAUUCUUAGUGUUUGUAAAUAAUAGAUUUUGUCACAUCUUAAAUAAAUUAAAUAAAUAAAAAAUAAAUUUUUUAAA